AAUCCAAUGUCAUAUAAAUAAGACGCAAGAUUCUCUAAUCGGCAUAACUAGAAAAUUCGUAAGGUCGGACUGACCGGUGCCUUAAGCAUAAAAAUGUACAGAAUUACGAUAGUCGUAUUAGCUGCAGUAGCUAUUGUUGCAGCUAAGCCAGGAUAUGGGACUGGUGGUAGCUUGGGCGGAUACAGCGACGAUUCUGACUUCGACAGCGGUAGCAAAGGAGGAAUUGGUAGCCAAAGUGGAUUCAGUGGUCAAAGCGGAGUUGGUAGCCAAGGUGGAUUUGGUAGCCAAGGCGGAUUUGGUAGCCAAAGUGGAUUGAGUAGUCAAGGAGGAUUCGGUAGUCAAGGAGGAUUCGGUAGUCAAGGAGGGUUCGGUAGUCAAGGAGGAUUCGGUAGUCAAGGAGGAUUCGGUAGCCAAAGUGGAUUCGGUAGUCAAGGUACCUUAGAUGGAUUAUCCGGAUUCGGUAGCCAAGGUGGAUUCAACGGUCAAGGUAGUCAAGGAUUCGGUAGUCAAGGCAACCUAGGUGGAUUCCGUGGUCAAGGGAGCCAAGGAGGAUUUGGUGGCCAAAGCGGAUUUAGUGGUCAAGGAAGUUCGGGCGGAUUUCGAGGUCAAGGUAGUUUGGGUGGUUUCGGAAGCGAAGGCGGAUUCCGUGAUCGAGGAUUUGGAAGCGAAGGAGGUUUUGGCGGAUUCCGUGGACGAGGCCAAGGAGGAUUCAGAAGACAGGAUGGAUUCAGAGACGGUGGAUUCAGAAGGGGAUUUGGUAGUGGACGCGGAUUUCGCCGCGAUUUCGAAGAUUCCGAUGAAUUUAGCGAUUAAAUAAUGUGUUUGUAUCUAUUAACAUAAGAUAAUAAUUAAGGCUUAUUGAUAUUAUAAAGUAAACGAAUGUUGAAUAA